AUGGCGAGAGGGCGGGAGGGCGAGGUGAGGACCCUGGUGCUGGGCAAGUACGAGCUGGGGCGGAUGCUGGGGCAGGGCUCCUUCGCCAAGGUCUACUACGCCCGCGACCUGCGCGACGGCCAGAGCGUGGCCAUCAAGAUCAUGCUCACGCCCUGGUUCAAGAGGGGGUUCGUGCCGCCCGUCCCCUCCUCCCCCGCCACGCCCAGGAAGUGGGACGACGACAACGCCGCCGCCCUCAUCGACGGCAGCGAGGACAGCUCCGGCAACAUCUCGCCGCGGACGUGCAAUGCGUUCCAGCUCAUAUCAUCCAUGUCCUCCGGGUUCGACCUGUCGGGGCUGUUCGAGAGCGAGCAGAAGGCGGCGACGGUGUUCACCUCCCGCGCGCCGGCGGCCACCGUGUUCCACAAGCUGGAGUCCGUGGGCAAGGCGCUGAGGUACAACACGACCAGAGGGAAAGGGUGGAGGAUCAGAAUGGAGGCCAAGGCCGACGGCGCCAACGGGCGGCUCGCGGUCACCGCGGAGGUGUUCGAGGUGGCCGCCGACGUGACCGUGGUCGAGUUCGCGCACGACGGCGGCGACGCGCUCGACUUCAACAAGUUCUGCGCCGAGGACGUGCGCCCCGGGCUCGCGGACAUCGUCUGGGCGUGGCAGGGUGACGUGCCCGCCUUGCCGGGCGCCGUCGUUUGA